AUGUCGAACCUCUUUUCUGGCAUUAACGCUCGGUUCCGAGGUGGCUCAGCUAAGCCUUCUUCUGGCCCUCAAAAGAGCCCAACUGGUUCUACUGCCAGCCAGCCUCCCCCGCCAGAGCUGCCUACUCAAGGGAGCCAGUCUUCCUCAGCUAGUCUAGCUCCCAAGACCAUUGGCAUGGAUGACUCCAGCGGCGUCAUGAGCGGUGACGAACUAAUCUCUUCCUAUCAUCUUCCUCGACCUCUCCCUCUGUGGCUCAAUGCCCAAUAUGCUAAGCACAUAGUAAAGGGUAAUUUCAUGACACUGAGUGCCCGACCCAAGACGGUCGAGCAAGGCGAGUGGAUUGCACACCAGGUUGUUGAGCAUUACCGCAACCUGUGGAAUUUUGUUAGAGUUCUCCACGAAAAGGAGGAUGAUGGUACAUCCAUCUGCAACUCUACCAGCUGCCCACGCAUGUCUGCUGGAGCUAACCACUCCUUUACUUGGCUCAACCGUAACAGGGAGCCUGUUGAGCUUCCCGCCAAUGAGUACAUGACUCUUAUGCAGCGAUGGAUUUCUGGUAAAAUUGACGACACCAACAUCUUCCCAACUGACCCUUCUGGUGUCUCGUACGCCCACAACCCCGCCAUCACCACCACACCUUUGUCCCAACUCUCGAACCCUGGCGAGCCCGAGUACAUCGGAAAGCGAUCAGGAUUCCCUGAUAAGUUCGUCGAUAUCUGCCAGAUGAUUUUCCGACAAAUGUUCCGAGUCUAUGCUCACCUCUACUGGGCUCAUUUCACCGAGCCGUUCUACCAUCUCAACCUGGAGAAGCAGCUCAACAGCUGUUUCUCACACUUCGUCCUGACGGCUACGGCUCUGGAUAUGCUCAAGCCCGCUGAGCUGGAGCCCAUGCAGCCUCUGAUCGAUCUUUGGGCCGCCAACGGAACUUUCCCUCCCGAGUCCAAGGCAUAUGAGUAUGCCAACAUCCGCGCCGGCGAGCGUCUUCUGCAGCUUUCCAAUGUCCCCCAAUAA